AUGCGCCGCCCAGACCUUAGUCCUUCCCUUCUUUCUCCGGCAAAUUACGACAACGAUGCAUCUUCGUUGCGGUCGCCUUCCGAGCAGGACUCGGAUUCCGACGAUGAUGCCCUCCUCGAUCAAAACCGCAGCACCUUGGAAAUCGCAGAGCACGACCGGGCAGUGCUAGAAGAGGAAGAGGAGCUGGAGAAUCUCUUGACUCGCGGUGGCACUGGACGCGGAGCGACGACAACGGAGGGGUCGCGUCGCGAGAGAGUCAGUGAAGACGGCGAGCUGAUGUACGAGAUGGAAGAGGGAAUUGGUGACGACAAUGCCUCCCUUUUAAGCAGGUUGUCGGCGGAUUUGGACGCGAAAGACGAAUACACAUAUGAGCCGCCUCCACGACCUUCAUGGCGAAAAAUCCUGUUUAUAAUUGCUUUGGUCGCCAUUCUCUUCGUCAUCCUCGUCCUCGGGGCGUAUAAAGCCUCGAGCGGCUUCCGGGCUACGCGAGCACACUCUCCCCCGCUGCUCUCCAACGGCACAGCUCUCUUUGCCCCAACCACUAUCGUCAUCUCGCUUGACGGUUUCCGAGCCGACUUUCUCGACCGCGGCCUGACUCCUGCGCUCAACUCUCUCGUCGCCAAUGGUGUUUCGCCGCAAUACAUGACCCCCAGCUUCCCGAGCGUCACCUUCCCAAACCACUUCACACUUAUGACUGGACUCUACCCCGAGAGUCAUGGGAUUGUAGGCAACACAUUUUGGGACCCGGGAAUGAAGGAGGAAUUCUACUAUACCCAUCCUACGGUCAGCAUGCAACCGAAGUGGUGGAUGGCGGAACCGCUCUGGGUGACGGCAGAAAAGCAGCGUGUGAGGACCGCCAUCCAUAUGUGGCCGGGGUCUGAGGCGCACAUUGGCGACAGGGAGCCCAGCUUUGUAGACAAAUAUAACGGGACGGAAGUCUGGUCUCGCAAGGUGGAUCGGAUCCUUGAGUUUUUGGAUCUCCCAGGUCUCGAGAAUGAAUCGCAGAUGACACCUGAGCGACCGCAGUUUAUCGCAGCUUACCUUCCCGACGUCGAUCGGGACGGGCAUAAAUUUGGCCCCAAUAGCGCUGAGAUCCGAAAGACGAUUUCCGAAGCGGAUAACAUGGUCGCCAGCAUCAUGGCUGGUCUUGAGAAACGCAAUCUCACCGAGGUGGUUAACAUCGUGGUUGUCUCAGAUCACGGUAUGGCCACUACCUCUACAGAGCGCUUGAUUCAGUUGGACGAUCUGAUUGAUUAUGAUCUGAUUGAACAUAUUGACGGGUGGCCAUCCAAUGGUCUGCGCCCCAAGCGUCCUGAGGAUUUGGAGACCCUCCGAAAACAAUUGGAAAAGGUAGCUCCAGAAUAUGAGCAUGCUUUCGAAUUCUACACACGGGAGACAAUGCCCGAGCGGUAUCACUUCUCGAACAACGAACGCAUUGCACCAUUGUGGGUCAUCCCUAAGACCGGGUGGGCUAUCGUUAAUCGGUCAGAGUUCGACGUCAAAAAGGCUUUGAGGACCGGUGAGAAAUACCAUCCUCUCGGUAUUCAUGGAUAUGACCAUGAGCAUCCAUUGAUGCGAGCAAUCUUUAUUGCGCGCGGCCCAGCCUUCCCCCACAAGCCAAACAGCCGGGUGGAACCUUUCCAAAACAUCGAGGUAUAUAACAUUGUCUGUGACUCUCUGGGCGUUAAUCCUCUUCCGGGUAAUGGCACACUACGGCUCCCACUCAAGCCAGUCGGCCUCCACUCGGAUGAGAACGCACCGGUCUUGGACACACCUCCUGAUCCCCCAGCUCCAACUUCACCAACAGCAGGACCCGUGCAGCCAGCCCCUCCGCGGCCAUCACCUCCACAACCAAAACCCCCGCAGCCAGCUCAGCCAGCACCGAAACCCACCACUCCAGCAGCUGAGACACCACCCGCCACAGAUCAUGAAAGUGACGGCGAAAAGGGUUCAUCGUGGUGGGACACACUUUCGCACAAAUUCGAUGACCUGAAGGACUGGGCUAGCGGCGUUGCCGAUGCUGUUCAGGGCAAGCACCCAGAGUCUGAGAGUUGA